AUGUUCCCUCGUUGUCGGCCGCCAUUCCAUGAGGCACGGGGAAAUAUUGUGAACGUGGAGCAGGCCAUGGGGCCACUGAUACUCAGCAUCUCAUUGGCAGCUGUGGUUUUUCUCAUGGACGAAGAGCUAACGGCCUUCAUUCGAGGUGAGGUCCGCGUCAACUUCCAUGCCGAGAGAGACGAUCUCCUCGUGCGGUAUCGACGCGGCACCGAAGAAGCUCUCGCCUGGACCGACUUCAUCAACACCACGCAGCUGCCGGUGAUCCAAGCCUUCACUCACUAUCUGUUCGUGACUCGCUCCACCGAGUCAACCAGGUAUAUCUGGUCCAUGACGGGACUGCUGAUCCGCAUUGCGGUCUGUCAGCAUCGGCUUCCAUCGGGAUUGGUCUCUCCUUCCCGGAAUAUCCAUCUUCGACGCAGAGAUGAGGCGCCGACUCUGGUUGACGGUGUGCCACCCUGA